GGUGAGUGUUCCUGCAGCAUGUGGCCCCUGCAUGGUUUGGCAGUUUGUAGGUCUGAUUGAGCCCUUGUACAUAGCAUAUCAAAACGUGUAAUAUUCUUUAGGACUGAUGAGAUUGCUGAGAUUGAUGAGAUUGAUCAGCGCGCUGUUGUCCUUGACAGCUGCCAUACGGCCCAUGCAAGGCACGGAUCAGGCGGCCAGUCACCGGCUCCAGCCGGGCAAUCAGCUUUGCUGCUGCCAUAAGACCAUGGCCCCUGUAGAGAUCUGUGUGAAGGACACAGCGGUCUUUGCGAAGGUGGACUUCAAAGACGGUUUCGCACAGAAACCCCAAUGGUCCAACGGCUCUAUCACAGUCCACGAAACCUGGGAAUAUCACGAUGAGAUUCUUCAGGAGGACACAUGGACCAAGUAUUUUCAGUUGCAAUAUCUGGGUGAGCUUGAGGCACCCACAGGCCUUGGCUUGGGCAAUCCGAAAUUUAUGGAUUUUUACUACACAGAGUAUAAACAUGAGGAAAAGAAGGGAAGAAAUGCAAAGGGUGCAGACACCUUUAACCUUUGCACUGAUCGAAAGCACGAAUGCUCCUGUGAGUUCUACGAUGGGAAGGAGCUCAAGGACUGCUUGGAGAAUCGAGUAGAGCAUUGCUCUAGCACGUUCGACUGCAAGGAAUGGAUGAAGGUCAACAAGUGCACCCUUUCGACAGAGCAGACCAUGAAACUCAUGCAUAAGAAUUCCAACAUGCGCAUUGGAACUUGCUUUGACAAGAAGCAGCUGAAGACUCGAAUGAUGAUGGCCCAGUGCCCUGAUGGCUAUGAGAAAUGUGAUUGCAACAACAAGUGCUGAUGACAUCGCAAACCUGCAGAAACCUUCAGAAACGGUCAAUAACCGUCAGCUUGCAGUGGCCCUUCAGAUGGGAUCCCUUUCCAUGGAGGGCGCUGAGAUGUGCUCAAGACGACAGGGCAGCGCGUGCUUGGGAGAAAAA